GGGAUGUCGGGCGGCGCGGCGCGGCGGUACGUGGCGGCGGCGCUGGGCCGGGCCCGGGCCCGCGGGCCGCCCCCGCUCUGGGAGCCGCCCCCCGCCCGCCACCUGCGCGCUCUGGGCGCCGGGCUGGGCGCCGCGGCGUUCCCGCCGCCGCUGCUGCUGCCGCCGCGGAGGCACCUGUCGUCGCGGAACCGUCCGGAGGGCAAAGUGCUGGAGACUGUGGGGGUGUUUGAGGCCCCGAAGCAACAUGGCAAAUAUGAGACUGGUCAGCUCUUCCUGCACAGUGUGUUUGGCUAUCGAGGAAUAGUCCUGUUUCCCUGGCAAGCCAGGCUUUAUGAUCGAGAUGUGGCUUCUCCUGUCACAGAAAAGAACGAGAAUGUGGCAGGCCACGGUUCCAAAGAAGUCAAGGGCAAAACACACACUUACUACCAGGUGUUAAUAGAUGCCCGGGAUUGUCCACAUAUAUCUCAGAGAUCACAGACGGAAGCAGUGACGUUCCUGGCAAAUCACGACGACAGCAGAGCCCUCUAUGCCAUCCCAGGUUUAGACUAUGUAAGCCAUGAAGAUAUCCUUCCCUACAGCUCCACUGAUCAAGUGCCCAUCCAGCAUGAACUCUUUGAGAGGUUCCUCAUGUACGACCAAACAAAAGUCCCACCUUUUGUAGCAAGGGAUACUCUGUGUGCAUGGCAGGAGAAGAACCACCCCUGGCUGGAGCUCUCUGACGUGCACCGAGAAACCACGGAGAACAUCCGCGUCACAGUCAUCCCUUUCUACAUGGGCAUGAGGGAAGCUCAGAAUUCCCAUGUCUACUGGUGGCGCUACUGUAUUCGCCUGGAGAACCUUGACAGUGAAGUGGUUCAGCUCCGAGAGCGGCACUGGAGGAUAUUUAGCUUGUCUGGCACCUUGGAAACAGUCCGGGGCCGUGGUGUUGUAGGAAGGGAGCCAGUUCUGUCCAAAGAACAGCCAGCAUUUCAGUACAGCAGUCACGUCUCCCUGCAGGCUUCCAGUGGUCACAUGUGGGGUACUUUUCGAUUUGAGAGGCCUGAUGGCUCCCACUUUGAUGUCCGAAUCCCACCCUUUUCUCUGGAAAGCAACAAAGACGAGAAGACCCCUCCCUCCGGCCUUCACUGGUAGAUCAGAGCGAGUGCUGAGACCCACAGAGGCCUGUGUGUGUUGUAGACCUUUGCCUCCCCAUUUAUGCUGCAGCCAAGAACACAGAGCUUUUAAACAUUUUAAACCAUUUUUGUUUUAACUGUUGUCUGAUGGGGAGGCUUUUUGGAACUUUAAUACCGGCUCUCUCAGGCUGCUUGUAAAACGUAAGCUGUGUUACAGGUAACCCUUCCCUUUGUGGCACCUGCUGGGGUUGGAGCUGGGGGAUGUAGAUGGUGCUGCUGCAGAAGAACUGGCCCCCCUUGGCAGGCCUGGACCCUUUCCAAUGUGUUGUGACUUCUCUGCAAUGUGAGGUUUCUCUAAUAAACUGGCCCUUCCAGUUGCAACCAGUCUUCCUUCGUAAACCAAGGCCUUGGCUUUGCAUCCAGCCUGUCCCAGCUUGUUGCUCCCCCUGUGUGGAGUCAGCCCAGAGCUCUUGCCGCUUCAGAAGGAGAAGGCAGCAGUGAGGCUGUUCUAGGGAGCAGGAAUGUGAGCUCAGCCUCCCUGCAGUGCAGAUGCUUUUUGGGAUUCAGCCAGGGCUGGAGCAGCCUGUGAGCUCCACUCCUCAUGGCACUGGGCUGCGUCCUGUGAUGUGAAGCCCGUUUUUUGGACAAGAGGGUGCAGAGGGGACAAGGUGGGUGACAGGUGGUGCUGAACAAGUGCUGUCACAGUGUCCUGUGUGUGCUGAGCACCAGGCUGCGUGUUGUGAUGGUAACAAGAGAGCUAAAGGGAGCCCUCCCCUGCUAGGGCUUGCCUUGCUGCAGGGAUUUAUAUUCCAGCUGCAGGGAGGGUUCUUCCCCGCUCACACUGCAGCUGUGUCCAUAUUUCCUUGGUAGUUUCUGCUUUGAGAGGAAGAACUUGUUUUCACUUGCAGUGUUGUCAGCCUCGGUGAGGGAGUGCUUGGCUUUCUGCUCCUCUUUGCUUGGAUUGUGAUUUUCUGGUAGUGUGUGUGAAGGGCCCUGCAGAACUCUGCAGGUCACUGUAAGCCUAUGAUAAAUGGAUAUUUGGGAAUUUUUACACAUGAAGGGCCAAAUCCACAGUGCAAGUCAGGUGUUGGCUCUUCUUACAAGCUCGAGCAUCUCUCAGCAGCUUUGAGAAUUGCAGAUAUCUAGAGAGGCGUCAGCCUCUUUGGUGGGACCCUUCUGGCUGUCUCUGGGUGUCCAGACAUCUGGGUGACUAGCAGGGGCAGAGGUAGUCGGCUUUGGGAUAAUCCUAAGCAGAAAAUUUCCAACCUUGCUCCUUUCCCUGGUCUUUCUCAAAUGACAAGGUAUAAUGUAACUCAUGGGAUGUUUUUCUUGAUUUAGAAGUAUCUUAGUUAUUCCCUUUUCCCCCAGGUUCCCUCUGAGCAACCUCUUUGCAUUUGUCUCUGCAAGGCAGAGCUGUGGCAGUGCUAUGGGCUGUCUUGGCUGAUGGACAAACAGCCUUGACACUGGGAGAGAUUCUCAUGCUCUCUCAGCCAGCAGAUUCCCAUCUAGAGAGACUUAAUACUGCAGUGUUUAUCUGUCAUUGGUCUCUUCAUUUUGUGUCUUCCUUCCUCUCAGGUAGUACAAGCUAAUAUUUAGAAUUUGAAAGGUUUAAACAACCAGUCUGCUUUUAGGGGUAGAAAAGGAUCCCUGAAGACCAGCCAUGACAUGAUCAGUCAUCCUGAUUUCCUCGCAGGAGGAAAAGGGGUGGGGGGAAGAUGCCUCAAGUUCAGAGGCAGCAGGGAUCUGCAGGAACCUGUGCUUUCCCUCCUGUGCAGUUUCUCUGUCGGGUGGGAGUAGCAGCUGCCCUGCCUCUCCCUUGGGUUGCUCCAGCUUUACUGGCAAUUGCAACACCACUGUCAAUGUUUAACCCUGCUGCUCACCCGCGUGUUUCUGGGGUGCUGUGGCCCUAAUGCUUCCCAUAACAAGCAGAGAGCUGUUACCCCUACGGGAUGGAGUGGUCCUCGGGCAGGGGCUCUGCCAGGGCCAGCUUUGGCAGCUGUGAGGUGCCCAUGAGUGUGUGUGCUGUGAUAUGCCCCCGGGGCUGGGGAGGGCUGAGGCCUCUGCCUAGGAGCAGACAUUCCUGGCUGGAUAAUGAUUGGCAAGACCGAGGUCACCAGCGCUGCCGGUAACAGGCGGGCCGAGGCACGGUAGGAAUGUUUCUACUCCAUCAGUCCUUGUGGAGUGGGCAGGGCUGACCUGCCCGGGGGCCUGGGUGCCAUGCCAGGGGCUCGGCAGGGCCUUUCCCCAACUACUUCAUCCCUCAGGCCCCUUCCCGGAGCGCUGUCCCUCUCUGUGUAAAUACCUCUGUACAAAGAACCAACCAAUAAAGCGCUGAAGGAAUG